GCCCAUCCAUCCAUCAUAAUCUCCGCUAAUUCUCGCUUGUUCUCAUGUAUGGCUUGAGGCGCGACUGACAUGACGAGCGGCGUAAGAGAAGGCAGAAUUCACAAGACUACGUACCAUGCACGUACGCCCGAGCCAGCCAGCCAGCCAGCGAGCAUUGUGGUAGCUAGCUACUUGAUUAAUUCAGUUCAAGAGAACACAAAGCGCAAACCUUGGGGGAGAGAGAGAGAGACACAUGAAGAAGCUCACCGUGGGAAUGAAAGAGGUAGCGAAACGCUUGAAAAGAGAGCUCCGAGAAGGCAGUAGUUUCCGGGUGGCAACCACCGUGAUCCUGUGUUUCUCCGUCGCCUCCCUCGUCUUUCUCCUGGGAAUGUUCAUCAACGCCCGCCUUCGAAACUUCAUCUUCUCCGAAGACAUCUACUUCCCUCCCCUCAACGCCAUCUCCCCACUCUACCCAUGGCUAACGAGAAACCCCUCCCAUUUCUCCUCCUGCAUUAACUCUUCAAAUCCCAAGCAGCAGCCGCCGUGGCAUUCGAUGACGGACGAAGAGCUGCUAUGGCGGGCCUCGAUGGUGCCGCGAAUCGCAGAGUUUCCGUUCAACCGGACGCCGAGAGUGGCGUUCAUGUUUCUGACGAGAGGGAGGCUGCCGCUGGGUCCUCUCUGGGAGAAGUUCUUCAAAGGCCACGAAGGGCUCUUCUCGAUCUACCUCCAUACUUCGCCGGAGUUCACCGACGAGCCGCCGGAAUCAUCCGUCUUUUACAAGCGAAGGAUUCCCAGCAAGGCAGUGCAAUGGGGAAGGCCAUCGAUGAUCGACGCGGAGAGAAGAUUGCUCGCCAACGCCCUCCUCGACUUCUCCAACGAACGAUUCGUCCUCCUCUCCGAAACCUGCAUUCCCUUGUUCAACUUCUCCACCGUCUACACCUUCCUCCUCGCCUCCAAUCGAAGCUUCCUCGGCUCCUUCGACGACCCCCGCAAAAUGGGCCGCGGCCGCUACAGCAAGAGGAUGAUGCCCGCGAUCUCCCUCUCCGACUGGCGCAAGGGCUCCCAGUGGUUCGAGGUUCACCGGAAGCUGGCCGUCGAGAUAGUCUCCGACGUGAAGUACUACCCGGUUUUCAGAAGCCAUUGCCGGCCGCCUUGUUAUAUGGACGAGCAUUAUUUGCCGACGUUGGUGACGAAGGUUUGCCCGGAGAUGACCACGAACGGGACCGUUACUUGGGCGGAUUGGUCCGGCGGCGGCUCGCAUCCGAAGAGGUUUGUGAGGAAGGAUGUAACGGAACAGUUCUUGAAUGGGAUUCGGUUUGGGUCCAAGUGUAGUUACAAUGGCGGCCGGGAAAGCUCCAUUUGCUUUCUUUUUGCGAGGAAGUUCCAUCCCAGCGCGCUGCAGCCUUUGCUGCGGAUUGCCCCUCGCUUAUUCGGAUUCAAGCCUUAAUUAUUCAUCCUCCACCCAUCAAGGAUCAAAGACUCGCCGGUCUGAAUUAUGAAAGGAACGAAAGAAGUUAAUUUUGGAUACCUCAUUGUAAAUUUGUUGUGCCCUUUGUGUCUAUUCAAAAAAAAAAAAAACUAGA